AGCGAAGGGGUAGAGCGUUUCUCGGGAGUUGCUGCAUAGGUGCCAGCUGCACUUUCGAAGGAGCAGUUGCGCUCCGGUGCCCUUGCUCGGGCUCCCUUUCAUCCUUCCGGGCUUGUAGCCAUCCUGAAGAUGGCGGCUUACAAACUCCUCUCCUCUGGGCUCAGACUCAGCAUCUCCUUUUCUGGAGUCAAGGGCGCCCGGAACGGACCCCCACUUGCCAAGGCAUGUGGUUGCUACUUUUCCACCAGCACUUGCCAUCACACUCAGUUUUAUAAAGAUCCAGUGGAAGCAGUCAAAGAUAUUCCAGAUGGAUCCACACUCCUAGUUGGUGGUUUUGGGCUCUGUGGAAUUCCAGAAAACCUCAUAGGAGCUUUAUUGAAGACUGGAGUAAAGGGACUAACUGCAGUAAGUAAUAAUGCAGGUGUUGAAGACUUUGGCUUGGGUCUUUUACUUAAGUCCAAGCAGAUAAAACGUAUGAUUUCCUCUUAUGUGGGAGAAAAUGCAGAAUUUGAACGGCAAUACCUAGCUGGUGAAUUGGAAGUAGAGCUUACACCACAGGGAACACUUGCAGAGCGGAUUCGUGCAGGGGGCGCUGGAGUUCCUGCCUUUUUCACCAGUACAGGGUAUGGAACAUUGGUACAAGAAGGAGGAUCACCCAUCAAAUACAACAAGGAUGGAAGCAUUGCUAUUGCUAGUCAGCCAAAAGAGGUAAGGGAGUUUAAUGGCCAUUAUUAUGUUAUGGAGAAAGCCAUUACAGGUGAUUUUGCCCUGGUAAAAGCCUGGAAAGCAGAUCGUUCAGGAAACAUCAUUUUCAGGAAAACUGCAAGGAAUUUCAACUUGCCAAUGUGUAAAGCUGCAGAUAUCACAGUGGUAGAGGUUGAAGAAAUUGUGGAUAUUGGGUCAUUUGCUCCAGAAGAUAUUCAUAUUCCUAAGAUUUAUGUUCAUCGCCUUAUAAAAGGAAAAAAUUAUGAAAAAAGAAUUGAGCGUCUGUCAGUUCGAAAGAAGGAUGGUGGGAAAGCUAAAUCCAAGUCUGGUGAUAAUGUAAGAGAAAGGAUCAUCAAGCGAGCAGCCCUGGAAUUUGAAGAUGGCAUGUAUGCUAACUUGGGUAUAGGAAUCCCUCUUCUGGCCAGCAACUUCAUCAGUCCUGACAUUACUGUUCAUCUACAAAGUGAAAAUGGAGUCCUGGGUUUGGGUCCUUAUCCAUUAGAAAACGAAGUUGAUGCAGACCUGAUUAAUGCAGGCAAAGAAACAGUCACUGUUCUUCCAGGAGCUUCGUAUUUCUCCAGUGAUGAAUCAUUUGCAAUGAUUAGAGGUGGCCAUGUCGACUUAACAAUGUUAGGAGCGAUGCAGGUUUCAAAGUUUGGUGAUCUGGCCAAUUGGAUGAUUCCAGGAAAGAUGGUGAAAGGAAUGGGUGGUGCCAUGGACUUGGUGUCCAGCUCAAAAACCAAAGUGGUUGUCACCAUGGAGCAUUCGGCAAAGGGAAAUGUACACAAAAUUCUGGAUAAAUGCACAUUACCACUGACUGGGAAGCAGUGUGUGGACCGUAUCAUUACUGAAAAGGCCGUGUUUGAUGUGGACAAGGAAAAAGGGUUGACUUUGAUUGAAAUCUGGGAAGGAUUGACAGUGGAUGACAUAAAAAAGAGCACGGGGUGUGAUUUUGCUGUUUCGCCAAAACUAAUGCCGAUGAAGCAAAUUGUAACCUGAAGUGUGGACUAAGGAACAUUUUCCCCACUGCACUGUGGACUUUGAAUAUUUUUCUAAUCACAUAGGAGUUGAUGCAAAGGAAAUGUGAUUCAUAUCUGCAUCACAUUUAUGUUUUUAUUCUAAGAUCUAGUCUCUAUCUAGUCUUAUUACAUCUCAGGUUCUUUAUAGCUUUAUAAACUUUUAUUCUCUGUCAGUGACAGCAUGUUUUAAUAAAAAGAUAUAUAAGUAUUUCUUAUAAGAAUAAAUGCUGACUGAAGUA